GAUUGGCUAAGAUGAGGCCCCCCUCUCCCCCAUCUAUUUUUUCUGGUGCCUAUGCAUGAGGUAGCAGGCUGCUGUGUGCCUGUGCAGCUGCCUCUUCCAGACAGGAAAAGAGAGGGAGCGAAAUAGGAGCGAGACAUUGGGGAAGGUUAGAGGAAGAGGAAUAGAGAAAGGAAAUCGAGUGAGCAACUGAGGGCGACUGUUGCUGUGGGGGGGCCGUAUCCAUGUCUAUGUACUGUUUGUCUGGCUGGCUAUGAGAUCUGGCAGCCAUGGUCAUGUCACUGAGCGCCGACGAUGAGGAUUACGACUCUGAUACAGCCGAACAGCAACGGCCACCCAACCGGCCAAAACCCAAAAUGGCUGCAUCAACAGCAACAACUCCGACAGCAGCCAGCUCUUCGUCUAAUUCGACAGCGGUCAAGCUGCCUUCCAAUCGAACCUCCUCUGGGGCUCGACGCAGGCGCACACGAUGUCGGAAGUGCGAGGCGUGUGUUCGGACGGAAUGUGGAGAAUGUCACUUCUGUAAGGAUAUGAAGAAAUUUGGAGGACCUGGCCGCAUGAAACAGUCUUGUAUUAUGAGACAGUGUAUAGCGCCUGUGUUACCGCACACAGCAGUGUGUGUGGUAUGCAGUGAGGCUGGUAAAGAAGACACACUUGAGGAUGAAGACGAGAAAUUUAAUGCCAUGCUCAUGGAGUGCUCCAUCUGCAAUGAGAUUGUCCAUCCGAACUGCCUCAAGGUGAAGGAUGCAGCAGGGGUGGUAAAUGAUGAGCUUCCGAACUGCUGGGAAUGUCCCAAAUGCAACUAUGCUGGGAAAACUGGAAAAGCCUGUAAGCAAAAACGGGGCCCAGGCUUUAAGUACGCAUCCAACCUGCCGGGGUCCCUGUUGAGGGAGCAGAAGGCAGGACGUGACGGACGAGAGGAGGGUGACCAGACUUCAUCCGGCGCAGUGUCCGUCAAGAGGAAAAGUGAGAGGGAAGAGACUCCCAAAGUGAAGACUGAGGAUUUGCCCUCACGUCUGCCCCCACUCCUAACGCCAAAUGGCCUGCCAAGACCACGUUCUGAAGUACCCAACUUUUUGAGGAAAAAGAGGAAGUUAUUUGAUGAUGAUGAAGAGGAAGAGGAGGCUAGCACUAAAAAGAAGCCGAAGAAACCCUGGAGGCCCGAAGAGUCUUUGAUUCCCAAACUCUCUCAGAUGAAAACAGAAGAGGAAGAGGAUAACUCUGAGGAGGAGGAGAAGCUGGAGAAGAGAGAGCCGCCUCGCCAUUCAUUCAAGAGAGACUACAGCACAGUGAGGAAAGACGAACACCGUCAUGAAGAGAGGCGGGAGGAUAGAGAUCUAUUUCUCAGAUCCCUAAAGGAGUUCAGCACUAUAAGGAAAGAGGAAGACCAAGAGGAAGAAAACGAGGAAGACAAGGAGGAUGAGGAAGAGGAGAGUAAUGGCAAACGAGGCAGGGACAGCAGCCCUGCACCGAAGAACCUCUCAUUAUCGCUUGAGAGUGACGCAUCACGGUGUAGCUCCCCCAGGGCAGGUCCCAGCAGCGAAGGCAGUGAGACACAGGAGAAAGCACCACGAGCCAGGGCGAAGCGACACCGUCGCAAGCCACCGAAACGACAACUCAGCGCAGAGCUCAGCAAGCAGCUCAACAUGGAGAUCCGUCGCACAGAGCAUUCACUGGCCAACGAGAAUCAGCAGCCGCUCAAGAGUGAACCUGAGGACAGCGAGAACGAGGAACCAAAGAGAGGCUUGCGGAUUGGGACUGCAGGGAACGGAGGAGGUGGAGGAGUAGAAAGGGGAAGAGGGGGAGAGGGAGGAGGGGAGAGGCCGCACUUACGAGCUCGGGAGAUGAACGGGACAUCUUGGGAGCUGAGACACUUCUAUCCUCCUCAGAUCACCCCUCUAGGUUUGAACCGCAGUUUACCCACAAUCAGGCCACUGCCCGCACGUUCCCCUCCCAAAUGCGUGCAGAUGGAGCGGCAUGUCAUCCGGCCACCUCCGAUCUGCCCUCCACCUGAUAGGCUGCCACUUGCUGAUGAGCGUAAUCACAUAGCUACAAGAGAAGCCUGGUUGGCUAUCUUCAGUCACUUGAGCCAUCGUGAGCUUUGUGUGUGUAUGCGAGUGUGCCGGACCUGGAAUCGCUGGUGCUGUGACAAGAGAUUAUGGACUCAUAUAGAUCUAAAGCGUUGCAAGUCCAUCACUCCUCUUAUGCUGAGUGGGAUCAUUCGCAGACAGCCCAUCACUCUGGAUCUGAGCUGGACCAACAUUUCCAAGAAGCAAUUAAGCUGGCUAAUUAAUCGACUACCAGGACUGAGAGUGCUCCUACUAUCAGGCUGUUCAUGGGUGGCUGUUUCGGCUCUCUGCACGUCCAGUUGUCCUCUACUGCGCACUCUGGACCUGCAGUGGGUGGAGGGACUCAAAGACCCCCAGAUGAGGGACCUACUCUCGCCUCCUACAGACAACAGACCUGGUCAGAUAGACACACGCAGCAAACUGCGGAAUGUGACUGAUCUGCGUCUGGCUGGUUUGGACAUCACGGACAGCUCUCUGCGUCUCAUCAUUAAGAAUAUGCCUCUACUUUCCCAUCUGGACUUGAGUUACUGCAACCAUAUCAAUGACCAGUCAGUCAACCUGCUGACUGCUGCAGGGACAACCACUAGAGACUCCCUCACUGAUGUCAACCUCUCUGUGUGUCACAGGGUCACUGACCAGACGUUGAGCUACUUUAAACGCUGUGGAAGCAUCUGUCGCAUCGACCUGCGCAUUUGCAAGCAGGUGAGCCGGCAGGCGUGUGAGCGCUUCAUUGCAGAGAUGUCAGUCAUAGUUCCCUUCCAACUACAAGAGGAUAAACUGCUCCAAAAACUCAGCUAGUUGUGCCACACAGCACCCCCUUACGUCUGGGAGGACUGAACAAACCAAUAUAAGCUGAUACUAUGUAUCAGGUGCACUCAUGUAUUUGGAGAAAUGACUGAAACCGGACACGCACAUUAAAAAAGAAGCACUGCAACACAUGUCUGUGGAUAAAACAUUUUGUCAACUCCUUUUAAACUGGAGGGAAGAGUGUACUUAAAGACACAUAAUAUUGCUAUUGUUCUGAAUGGUUUAUUCUUAAAAUGGACACUUAAUUGAGCAACUUCUGUAUCUUUAAGGGAUUUCGAUGUUUAAAACUGGGAGAUUGUAUUUAAAAGGUGAUGUGAUGGAAAGCAGGUAAUGUGAUUUGCAUAUAUAUAUAUAUAUAUAUCACAUUCACAUACUCAUCAGAUACUACAAACACUUAAUUCAAGAGAGAGUAAGCAUGAUUGUACAUUGUAAAUCAAAACCCUCAAAACAGUUUUUGUACAAAAGAUGUAUCGGUUCAGAAUUCUGUGCUAUAUUUACUUCUGUUCUGUGUAUAUGUAUUGUUCUUUAUAUAUAUAUAUAUAUAUAUAUAUAUAUAUAAAUAAUGGAAUUUUUAAAUAUUUCUGUCCAUUUUAUGUCCUCAGUAUUGGAAUGUUCAAAUCUGCUCAAUGUUUUUCAAUAAUGAGUUUUGACUGCUUUGAAUUUCAAGUACUUGCUGAUCUAAUCUCAGAGCAGAUAUGGGCUAUUUGUAAAACAGUGCCAUAUUCCAUUUGUGUUGUGCUACACAGUUGUAACAGCCAAGCCUUCUUCCUUUAAAGUAUAUUUCUCAGCUGUGCCUGUAACUCAGUAUAUAUUUAUAGGUGUUGGGUAAAAAAGAAAUUGCAGUUAGGUGGUUACAUUUAAUCUAGAUGGAUUAUAUGAAUUUAUUGUCCUUAAUUUCAAUGAAGCUUUCAAACCAAGCUUUCUGAAUAAUUAAAAAAAUGUUUCUACACAUGUAUGUAAUCCAGCUAUCUAUCUAUCUUGCAUUUUCUUCAUAAGGCCAAAAAAAGACUUGCAGUAUUUGUAUAUAACUCAUCAUGAAUGUACUAUUCCUUCCUCAGUGGUUAUUAUUGUAAAACAGUUCCUGUGAUGAUGACUAUUGAUGUGUUUUGUAAAUUUUGUCUCACAAUUGUGACUCAGACAGAGGGAGUCUGCAAUUCGAUCUAAACCACCAUACUUGUACCACUAUAAAUUAAGGCAUUGUUUGCCAUCUAACACACUCUAAUGUACAUUCAGCUAUUUAUAUUUGUAUGUAAUUAAAAACAAUUGAUUGUGAA